AUAUAUUUAGACAAAACUUGUUCGAAUUCUCCCUCUUCUGGCAGGAAUAUCUUCAGUUGAGACAAGUGAUGGCCAGAAGAUGUGUACUAAAUUUCUGCAGGAGCUAUCCUAUGAUCCUCCAGAUAGAGAUACAGAUACUUAUCUCAAGCACUUAAAUGGAUUAUGGUUAGAGUCUCCUGUUACAUUUUUACACUGCUGUCAUGAGGCUCGAAUGAGAAAAAUAUGCUUGCUGCCUCCGCCUAAUGAGAAGCAUAUUUGCGUAAUUCAAGCUAAACUUGCACUGCAUGAUGUUGUUGCCCUGACAUAUUACUUGGAACACUUUGAUCAAACCGUAGUUUGUCCAGAAAGUCUUCUUAUUCAGGAUUGUGGAUUAACUGAUGAAGCUCUUGCAGUGCUCGGGAAAAAAUUGUGGAGGUUGAAGAAGGUCCAGUUGACUGGGUGUGUGUUUACACAUAAAGGUCUAGCGGAGCUAACUAGAAAAAUGACUGAUCACGAUCUAAAAAACUUGGAGAUUCUUGAUUUGUCAGAUUGUCAACUGGACGACGAAGCAUUGAUAAGAAUAAUGCCGGUGUUUGGCCAUCUACAAGAACUGUAUAUCUCAGACAAUUCAUUCACCUGGUAUGGAAUACGAAAACUUGCUUCAGUGCAUCGUAGAACUAAACAUCUUGCAAAACUAGAUAUGAGUCGCUGUCAGCUUAGUGAACACGGAUUUUUUGAGCUAAUACCAAUAAUACUGAAAACCGAACACGUGAUUCUGCAAGGUAACCCGAUCAGUCCGAUCGAACUGAAGAUAUUCUCGAGACAAAUAAGAGACGCUAAGAAGUUGACUCUGAAAACCUUGGAUAUCUCGAGCUCCAAUCUAAACGACAGUUGUCUUCAUCAGAUUUCCAAGUUUGUUUUCUUUAUUGAAAAUGUGGAUCUUCAUAACAGCAACUUUGGACAAGAGGGACUUCAGAUGCUUGUCAAAUGUUGUGAAAAACUGGGAGUAAAACAACUAAAAACUCUAAAUUUGAGAAUGUGUAAGGUAAGAUACCUUGAUCAGUGGAGGAAUUCAAAAGAAUAA